UUUCUCAAAAUCCGUUUAAGAUUAUAAGUGAGACUUUUUUUUGAGCUCUCACUUGAUUGACAGAAACAAGAAAUGGUUGAAAUAUUGCAAUACAGAAGAAUUAUGUUGAAGCAGCUGGCUUUGUGUCUUUUAACCUCUUUGAUGUUUGUUCAAAUUGCUGAGGCCAAAAUUCGGUAUUACAAAUGGGAUGUAAAGUAUGAGUACAAGUCCCCCGAUUGCUAUACGAAGCUUGCUAUCACUAUCAAUGGCGGAACUCCAGGACCCACAAUCUUGGCUCAGCAAGGCGACACCGUCAUUGUUGAGGUGAAGAACAGCCUUAUGCUAGAGAACCUUGCAAUCCAUUGGCAUGGGAUCCGACAGAUUGGAACUCCUGGGAUGGAUGGAACAGAGGGGGUGACCCAAUGUCCAAUAUUGCCUGGGGAUACUUUCAAAUACGAGUUUAAAGUUGAUAGGCCUGGAACUUACCUGUACCACGCUCACUAUGGAAUGCAAAGAGAAGCAGGUCUAUAUGGGUCAAUCCGUGUAUCACUUCCCGAUGGAGAGACAGAACCGUUUGCAUAUGAUUAUGAUCGAAGCAUCAUCCUCAACGAUUGGUACCACAAAAGCACUUAUGAACAAGCCACUGGAUUGAACUCCCUUCCUUUUGUCUGGGUUGGGGAGCCUCAGUCGCUUCUUAUUCAAGGAAGAGGAAAAUUCAACUGCUCUAGUGCACCCUCUGCACCGGGGGUUUGUAAUGCAUCAAAUCCUGAAUGCUCUCCUUAUGUAAUGAUUGUAAUCCCUGGAAAAACGUAUCGACUGAGAGUCGCAAGCUUGACUGCUCUGUCAGCCCUCAGUUUUCAAAUAGAGGGUCAUAAUAUGACUGUGGUUGAAGCGGAUGGGCACUAUGUGGAGCCAUUUGUGGUGAAAAACCUGUUCAUAUACUCUGGAGAGACAUACUCUGUUCUUAUAAAAGCCGAUCAAGACCCUUCAAGAAAUUAUUGGAUGACAACAAACGUGGUUGGCCGACUUCCUAAUACCACAGCAGGUUUAGCCAUUCUCAAUUACUAUCCAAACCAUCUAAGGCGAUCUCCUCCAACAACUCCACCAGCCGGCCCCAUUUGGAAUGACACUGCACCCAGAUUGGCUCAAAGUCAAGCCAUUAAGGCUCGCCAAGGUUUCAUAUCCACCCCUCCCGCAACCUCAGACAGAACCAUCGUGUUUCUCAACACACAGAAUCUCGUCAAUGGUUAUACGCGCUGGGCGGUGAAUAAAGUCUCUUUCACCCUCCCCCACACGCCUUACCUUGUUGCAGAAAAGUACCACCUACGCCAUGUCUUCAAUCAGUCCUCGCCGCCUAAUGGGUACGACUUUAAAAACUAUGACAUUUACAGCGCUAACAAGACGAAUGCCACUUUGAACGAUGCCAUUUAUCGGCUACAAUUCAACUCGACAGUGGAUAUUAUACUGCAAAAUGCAAACUCCAUGACUAAUAACACCAGCGAGACACAUCCAUGGCAUCUCCACGGGCACGAUUUUUGGGUCCUAGGCUACGGAACUGGCAAGUUUGACAUAUAUAACGAUCCAAGGAAUUACAAUUUGGUGAAUCCAAUAAUGAAGAACACAGUGCCUGUUCAUCGCUAUGGUUGGACUGCUUUGAGGUUUAAGGCAGAUAAUCCGGGCGUGUGGCUUUUCCAUUGCCAUAUAGAGUCUCACUUCCACAUGGGUAUGGGAGUGGUUUUUGAAGAAGGGAUUGAGAAGGUGGGAAAUUUGCCUUCUUCUAUUAUGGGCUGCGGUGAGUCCAAAGGAUUGGGGAAGCCAUAGAUAAUUAAGAUAACCUUUUUAGUGAAUCAAAGUACACUAGUUUCUUUAAUUAUUAUUUUAUUAAUUGCCUUUUUUUAUGCGAGGGUGAUUGGGCAAACCCUUUUGUAAGGGGGGAAAUGUUUUCAUUUUUUGGUUUUUUUUUUUCUUGUAAAUUUACAUUGAAAUUGUGAAGCCUACGUGUGGUUUCAAGUAUUUGAUAUGAAUUUGCACAUCUCUUGUAUGAAAAUGAACAAGA